UUUUUAGGUUAUGAUCAUGUUCAUGUUGUUAAGUACGUCUUCUACCUACUUUUCGUUUGAACAUUUGCAGUAAACUUACUCAAUUUAUAAAAAUGGAAGUAGAUUUACCGAGUUGUAUACAAGCAAAAUUGAAAUCAGACACGGGAGAAGAAGUAGGAGGAACUUUGGACUUGCCCUUAAAUAUUACUAAAGAUCAGCUACAACUUAUUUGCAAUGCACUCCUAGAAGAGGAAGACAAACCGUUCCUAUUUUUUGUCAAAAAUGUCGAAAUAACAUCAACAUUAAAAGAGUCCCUAGACAUCAAAAGCCUGAAUUCAGAAGAAGUUAUAGAAAUAAUCUAUCAGCAACAAGCAGUUUUUAGAGUACGACCAGUAACAAGAUGUACAAGUUCUAUACCUGGACACGCAGAAGCUGUAAUUUCAACUAGCUUUAGUCCCUCUGGGAAACAAUUGGCAAGUGGCUCGGGUGACACAACUGUUCGAUUUUGGGAUCUAAGUACACAAACACCUCUUCAUGUUUGUAAAGGACACUCCAACUGGGUGCUCUGCAUUAGUUGGUCACCAGAUGGUACAAAAUUAGCAUCGGCUUGUAAACAGGGUAAAAUUAUUUUAUGGGAUCCAAAUACUGGCAAGCAGAUUGGCAAAACUAUGAUUGGCCAUAAACAAUGGAUUACAGCACUAGCUUGGGAACCAUAUCACAAAAACCCAGAGUGUAGAAAAAUAGCAAGCUCUUCUAAGGAUGGUGAUGUGAGAAUAUGGGAUGCAGUAACAGGAAUAACAGUUUUAAGUUUAUGUGGCCAUUUCAAGGCAGUAACUGGAGUUAAAUGGGGAGGCAAUGGGCUCAUAUACACAUCAUCACAAGAUAGAACUAUCAAGGUAUGGAGAGCUGAUGAUGGUAUUCUAUGUAGGACAUUAGAAGGACAUGCUCAUUGGGUGAAUACAUUAGCAUUAAGCACAGACUAUGUAUUACGCACAAGUCCAUUUCACCCUGUCACAGAUCAGUAUGGUUUUAUCAGUGAUAAAAAGGUGUUGCAGCAACGAGCUUUGGAAAGGUACGAAGCAGUGUGUACUCAAGGACAAGAAAAGCUGGUGUCUGGGUCUGACGACUUUACUCUAUUUUUGUGGUUGCCAGAAAAGGAGAAGAGACCAAUGGCAAGAAUGACUGGUCAUCAACAACUUAUAAAUGAUGUAAAAUUCUCGCCAGAUACAAGAAUAAUUGCAUCUGCAUCAUUUGAUAAGUCAGUGAAACUGUGGGAAGCAGCCAGCGGGAAGUUCAUCACAACACUGAGAGGUCAUGUGCAAGCAGUGUAUAUGGUGGCCUGGUCUGCAGAUUCUAGACUUCUGCUUAGCUCCAGUGCAGAUUCCACAUUGAAAGUAUGGAAUAUGAAGACUAAAAAGUUGGAGCUGGAUUUGCCAGGUCAUGCUGACGAAGUAUAUGCUGUGGACUGGUCUCCAGAUGGCGCGUAUGUAGCGUCAGGAGGAAAAGACAAAGUAUUGAAGUUGUGGCAACAUUGAAACUUCAUAUCAGUGGAUUAUUUUAUUGUAGAAAUAAGAUUCAUUGUACAAUAUACAUUAUUUUUUCAAUAAAUAAAUACAAUGAAAAAUCACUUAAU